AUGGCAUGCAUGCAUGCUGUUGAACCUAGAGGACGUGCUGGUGGUAUGUGUGUGUUUUGGAAUGAUGCAAAUGAUGUGGUUUUGGUGAAGUAUGGGGAUUUCUUCAUUGAGGUCUUGAUUCAGGAUACAGUACGACUUUGCAAAUGGCGUUUAGUGAUUGUUUAUGCGAGUACGGAUGAGCAUAUGAGGGCAACGCAAUUAGGGCCGGUACAAGACCGUGUUUUGUCCUAUUUUGAGCCAUGCAUGGUAAUGGGCGAUUUGAAUGACUUAUUAUUGGACUCAGAAAAUAAGGGAGGUAACGAGCGCACUGUUGCGAGUAUGAGGUGUUUUCGAUCCUUUGUGACUCAAGCACGGCUAUUAGAUUUAGGGUUUGUAGAAUACCCAUUUACGUGGAGCAAUAGGCAGGAGGACGGUUUUAUCCAGGAAAGACUUGAUCGUGUUUUUGCUACCCAUGAAUGGGUUCAAUGUUAUCAACAAACAGUGGUGAAGCAUGUGAUUUUGGAGGGGUCGGAUCAUACGAUGUUAGUGUUAUCAAUGGAAGUGGAGCAGUCCCAGCGUAAGACAAGGUUUAUGUAUGACCCAAAAUGGAACCAUGAUAAAAAGUGUGCUGAUAUAGUCCGUGCAUGUUGUGGGGAAGUGGUUGGUGGGUAUUCUGCACAGAAUGGUGCACAUGCUACGGAAGGUUACCCAUAG